CUCAAGGGCCGCAACGUGCGCUGUUAAGGCCACAAGACCUUUAUCCAUGGGAAGCCUUGACUGCCGAGGUACAAUACGCAGCUAGCCGCGUCGACUCGGCUUGUCUUAAACCUUCACGAACGAGAUACCGACUCGCAGCGCCAUGGCUCGCAUCCCGCCAGGUCUGCCCUACCUGGCAAAGGUCAUCCCUCGCCUCGCAAAGCCCUUCGUCGUCGUCUACGUCGCUCUCCUGCUCACCCGGAACUUUACCGACAUCUCCAUCCCUGGUUAUAUUGAGAUCGCUGCGUAUGCAUUCGCAAUCCCCGCAGUUCUCCUGUUCCGCUUGCUGCGUGAGGAUCUUGCCAUCUGGCGUGGCGCAGCGCGCGUUGGAGGCGUCUUUCCUCCCAUCUGGCGCGAUGACUUCACACCGGGCAGCAUCUACACUGUGCUCAAGAUGGCCAGGAAAUUCAGGACGAAUGCGCCUUAUCCAGGCGACAUGUUGACCGAACAUAUCAAGACACUGGGCCCCUGCUUUUCUACCCGCACGCUCUUCACCUAUCGAGUCUUUACCAUUGCGCCUGAGCAUGUCAAGGCUAUUCUAGCUACGCAGUUCGACGAUUUUGAGAAAGGAAAGCAUCUCUGCUCCAUCUUGUACCCCCUUCUUGGCGUUGGUGUAUUUGCCUCUGAUGGCGACAUGUGGAAAUUCCACCGCUCCAUGACCCGCCCCUUCUUCACCCGCGACCGCAUCGGCGACUUUGACAACUUCGACCGCCACGCCUCGGACGCCAUUGCCCAGCUCCGCACGCGCCUCCGCGAGGGCCUGCCUGUCGAUUUCCAGGACCUCGUCGGCCGCUUCACCAUGGACUCCGCUACCGAGUUCUUGUUCGGUCACGACGUGCGCUCUCUGGCAGAUGAGUUGCCGCGGCCGGCGGACAGCUUCCCCACCGCGAGCUCGAGCGCUUCGCCAGAGUCGGAAUUGAACUUCGUCACCGCCUUCAACGACGCGCAGACAGCAUGCGCUGGCCGGAUGCGCUUCGCGGAGCACUGGCCGUUAUUUGAGAUGGGAAGGGAUCGGGUGGAGGGCCCGAUGCGGGUCGUGCGUGCGCAUAUUGAGCCGAUCUUGGCGGAGGCGUUGUUGAGGAAGGGCGAGCGGGAGGCGACGGGAGAGAAGAAGGCUGCGCCUGGGGAGCAGACGCUGCUGGAGCAUCUCGUGGAUUAUACGGAAGAUAUUGGCGUAAUUCGGGACGAGAUCUUGAACAUCAUGAUCGCAGGCAGGGACACCACAGCUGCAACGCUUUCUAUCAUCGUGUACAUGCUCGCGCAGGAGCCGCGCGUCCUGCACCGUCUUCGUCAGGAAGUGCUAGACCAAGUUGGGGAGUCGCGCCGUCCUACCUUGGACGACUUCAAGUACAUGAAGUACAUGCGGGCGGUCAUCAACGAGACGUUGCGGCUUUACCCCAUCGUUCCCUUCAACCUGAAAUGCGCAACCAAGGACACCACCCUUCCCGCCCUCGAACCUGGAGGCAAGCCCUUCUACAUACCCAAGAACACUCGUGUAUCGUGGUCGGUGCUCCUCAUGCAUCGCCGCAAAGACCUGUGGGGUCCCGAUGCCGAGGAGUUCGACCCUGAUCGCUUCCUUGACGAACGCCUGCACAAGUAUCUAACACCGAACCCGUUCAUUUUCCUCCCUUUCAAUGGCGGGCCGCGUAUCUGUCUCGGGCAGCAGUUCGCCUACAACGAGAUCUCCUUCUUCCUCGUCCGCCUGUUGCAGAACUUCUCUGGCAUCAGGCUUGCACUCCACGCCCAACCCCCGCAGUCGCUCGCGCCCGAGGAGUGGCUCGAGGGCGAAGGUAGGAAGAUUAAGGAAAAGGUCAGGCUGCAAACGCACUUGACGAUGAGCUUUGUGGGCGGCCUCUGGGUGCGUAUGACGCAGGCGGAGCAGGACGAAGGAUCUCUUUGAUUCCUUGAGGGUAAGUAUGUUAUCUUACGGCGUUGGUAUUAUGAACGUACAAUAGAGUAUGGCAAGCCAUAUUUUAUAAUUAUGGUUUACGAGAGAAAUGAAGUUUGGC